GAGGAUCCCGGCUAGGCGGAGGCUGCGGGACGGGACGGGCCGGGCUGGGCUCAUGCCAUGGACCCCCCGCGGGACGGGCCGGCCGGCCGGGCUGUCAUUGUGGGCAGCGGACUUAUUGGCCGCAGCUGGGCGAUGGUGUUUGCUUCAGGAGGCUUCAAAGUGAUACUGUACGAUAUUGUGCAACAGCAGAUAACGAGUGCCCUGGAAAACAUUAGCAAGCAAAUGAGAGAGCUGGAAAAGUCAGGAAUGCUGAAAGGAACGCUGAGCGCAGAAAAGCAGUUCUCUCUCAUCAGUGGCUGUUCAGACUUAAAAGAAGCACUAGAGGGUGCCACUUUCAUUCAGGAAUGUACCCCGGAAAACCUAGAAUUGAAAAAGAAGAUUUUUGGUCAGUUAGAUCUUAUGGUCAAUGAUGACAUCAUCAUAAGCAGCUCGACUUCCUGUCUUUUACCUACCAAAUUGUUCACUGGCCUUAAACAUGUUAAGCAGUGUAUCGUGGCACACCCUGUAAAUCCACCCUAUUUUGUGCCAUUGGUUGAACUUGUUCCCCAUCCAGAAACAGAUCCUUCUACAGUAGAGAAGACAUAUGCUCUGAUGAAAAAGAUUGGACAGUCCCCAGUCAAAUUAACCAGAGAGACUGAUGGAUUUGUUCUGAAUCGCCUUCAAUAUGCCGUUAUUAGUGAAGCUUGGAGACUCGUGGGCGAAGGAAUAGUGUCUCCAACUGAUUUAGACCUCGUAAUGUCUGAUGGACUGGGAAUGCGGUAUGCCUUUAUAGGGCCAUUGGAAACAAUGCAUCUCAAUGCAGAAGGAAUAACAAACUAUUGUGAGAGAUACCGUGAAGGUAUGAUACAUGUUCUGAAAACCUUUGGGCCAGUACCUGAAUUUUCAGGUGAAAUUGAGGAGAAAAUCAGUCAGGCAAUGUGUGAAAACACUCCAAAAUCCAUAAAUCUCAGGAGAGAAUGGAGAGAUGAAUGCCUUGCACGCCUUGCCAAGCUGAAAACACAAAUGAAAUCCAACUAAGGUGUAACCUUUGAUCAUGCAGUAGGCCAAAUGAUCAGCAGAUCUUUGCAGAAAGUGGGUGCUUCUAUUUUCACAAGC